GGUAACACAGAACGAAGGAUUUCAACGACACAUUUAUCGUACAUAUACGAUUUCAUGAAUGAAAAAUACUGUUUUGUAAAUUAGAAAAAGUUUUACAAGUUAUACCUCAGUGCCUUUAGAAAAAAAAUUAAGCGCGAGUGUUUAGCCAAAAAAAAGUUCUGAUUACAAAAUUAAAAAAUAAAAAGUUUCGUUUUUGCAUCCAGCCAGCCAUUAAAGUGUUUUAUAGUGCAAACGUCUAGAGCUGUAAUUAAGGUGGCAUAAUGCGCGAAAGCCUUCGCCGGCUGGCGUCGGAGGACGGCGACCGACCAAUGGGGAAUGAGCGACGCGCGCGCAUAGAACUACUCAACGGCGAACACAUUAAUGUUGAUGUUGAUCGCAAGGCGAAGGGAGGCGACCUACUAGACCGAAUAUGCGACGAGCUUCAGCUAACGGAGAGGGAUUACUUUGGUCUACUGCACGCGCAAAGGGGAGACCCAAGGACAUGGGUGGACUUGGGCAAACGACUCUCAAAGACUUUCAAAAAUGAGCCCUGGGACAUGCGUUUUGCCGUUAAGUUUUACCCUCCCGAGCCUUCUGAACUACACGACGAUGAAACUCGUAACCAGCUUGCGUUGGCCGUCAGAAGAGACCUUAUGGAAGGUCGUCUCUCCUGCUCCAUGAUAACCCACGCCCUGCUAGCAUCCUACGUGCUGCAAGCAGAGCUAGGGGACUACGAGCCAGGACACGUGGCUCCUCCAGUCAUCGCCGCCCACAGCGCGGCGCCACCUAGCGUCAGGACUGAAGAGCUCGAUGACCAUAUCAAGGAACUUUAUAUCAAACAUAAAGGCCAGACCCCAGCGGAGGCUGAGCUCUGCUACCUGGAGAACGCCAAAAAACUGCCUCUAUACGGAGCAGAACUGCACUGUGUCAGGGAUUCCGAGGAUGUUGAUCUGGUGUUAGCAGUGGGAGCUGGUGGUAUCGCUGUUUACAGAGACGGCGUCCUAAUGAACCGCUUCCCCUGGGCCAAGAUAAUCAAGAUUAGCUACAACAAGCGCGUAUACACGCUCCGACUGCGCGCCAGCGAGUUCGACCAAUUUGAGACCCAUCUGGGCUUUAAGCUGGCUUCUACACGUGCUGGGAAGAAACUAUGGCGGUGUUCCGUCGAGCACCAUAUGUUUUUCAGGAGAGCAGCCCCCGUGGCCGUGCAGCGCGUCGCCGGCUUCCCGCGCCUCGGCUCGCGGCGCCUGUCGUGCCGCCGCACGCUGCGCCAGCUGCGGGACCUGCCCAGAGGGAUCACCGCCUGAUGAACCCUGAGAUAACGACCAAGAAUAUCAAAGAGACUUGGCUACUGCCUGACACACCAGUCUUCUGAUUUAUACUUGGCUUAAUGACUCUCUGGAAAAGCAAAUGUCGUGUCUUACAGGGACCUAAAGAACUUUGCCUAGUACCGCGAAAACUAGCGUCUACUCCACCGACAAGAUGCUCUUAAAUGCAGAUGUGAUGAUGAAUCACUGUCUAAAGAACGGGAUAAAAACACCCAAGAAACCUAAAAAAAAUUCUUCACUUUCGUUUAUUACGUCUAUUUUCUCUUGGGAAACUAACUAUUGGGAAAAUUCCCACUAGUUACCACCAGAACAAGUUGGUGGGAAAAAAUCCCAAUAGUUACCAACUUGGUGGUAACUAGUGGGAAUAACCCGCGAAUUCCAGAAAAACAUAAAGGACAUUUAGUCUUUAAACAUAAUCAGGAAUAUACGGUAAAAAUCAUUCGGGUUCUUCAUGGGCACGUUAUAUGUAAGGAUAUGUAAUAUUUUUUACCAAUUAUCAUGAUAAUUAGAUAUGUCCAAUAUAUUAUUACAUUGGACAUAUCUAACUUUUUACUAUAGUAAAAAGUGCCUCACGAGACGACAUAUAAGAUGUAGUUAAUAAUGAAUGGCUAAGUAAAUGUUUUAUCUAAAAAUUACAGAUAAUAAAUAAAUCAUUAGAGAUAUUGUAAAAUAAUUAUAGUAAAUUUGUAAAAAAUGUGUAAGUGCCAUGUCAAAAUCACUAGGUACUUAAGUAAUGUUUAAAUGUUUAUUGAAAUAAUUAAUAUUAUGUUAACGAUGCCUGUACGAGUCAAUAAGUAAAUACAAUGAGUGUUCUUAGAAACAA